CGGAGGUUAAAAGCAGAAGGAAUGACGAAGGAGCGACUGUGCCGUGAAGAGUGAUCGACAGGUGUUCAGACCUGAGCUGAGGCGAGGAUUUUAACUUUUGGAAAGCCAGUGACAGAGCCGUCUCCACAGGUGAACGUUCAAAAUGAGCACCUACACAACUUCCAAGGCCAGGGCGCUCGAAGACAGCAAGAGGAAAUCCUCCCUGCUGAAGGACAACAGCUGGAUCAAAAAACCUGACGACGAGGACGAGGCCGUCGACCGAGACCCAAACUUUGCUAAAACCGUCUUGAGUCGAGUGAAGACCACCGAAACCACUGUGAGUUCAGAACCUGUGCCGGAGAAAACUGCGAAGCCGAAAAGUUCAUCCACGUCUGUGCAGGCCCUCACCCAAAGGUUCAGUGGAAGUAGAGAGGACCUGAAAAGCAUCACACCGUCUUACUACUCAAAAAGAAGUUCCAUUGGGAAGACAGAAACUUCCAGCACCACUAAAACUACAACACCUACCAAAGAGGGGACAACUGAGACCACCACCACCACCACCACCCAAAGUGUCAAGUCUCCUGUGACCAAAUCAUCCCCUAAAACUGACACAUUCUUGGAUCGCGUCAAAGCCUCAAGCAAAGGGUCACAGUACUCACCCUACUCACCUACCAAGACAACAAAACCUCCUAUUAUCAGCCCUAAACCUGCGGAGGAACAACUUUCCAACUCGCUUACCCCCACAUCCACUAAGGAUGAUACCCCAACCAAAGACAGCAAAACAUCUGUGACCACAACUGUGACGGUGAAGAGUGACAGUACGAAGAUUGAUGACAAGCUGAAUGACUCCCACUUGCCUGACUCCAUCACAUCUCCUGUCAGCAGCACAACCACCACGAAGAAGACUUCUACCGUGUUUGUGGACGACGACCAGGAUGCUGAGGAUAAACUCUAUGACUCCCUGAUUCCCAACGCCAUUAAAGACAAGGAUGGAGACAGUUACAGCAAAACAUACGUGUCCAGCAGCAAGACCUCGACUGUGAAGAGCUCCUACACUGUGAUUGAGGACAAGCUGACUGACUCUCACUUGCCUGAUUCCAUCAAAUCACCUGUCAGCAGCACAACCACCACAAAGACUUCUACCGUGUUUGUGGACGACGACAAUGAUGCUGAGGAUAAACUCUAUGACUCCCUGAUUCCCAACGCCAUUAAAGACAACGAUGGAGACAGUUACAGCAGAACAUAUGUGUCCAGCAGCAAGACCUCGACGGUGAAGAGCUCCUACACUGUGACUGAGGACAAGCUGAAUGACUCCCACUUGCCUGAUUACAUCAAAUCUCCUGUCAGCAGCACAAGCACCACAAAGACUUCUACCGUGUUUGUGGACGACGAUGAAGAUGACACCAAAACGUCAACAUCCCCAACAAACACCGUCUCAACGCCUGUGGAUGACCUGUAUGACACCCUCCUGCCUAAAUCCAUCACAUCUUCUGUCAGGGAAGAAAGCCCAUCAACACCAUCCUCCACACGUAGCUUCAGCUACAGCUCAUACACUGAGGAUCCUACCUACACUCGCAACAGCUCGUACAGCAGCGACUACAAAACCUACUCCUACUCCAGACCAGACUCAAGUUAUGAGUACAGCAGCCUCAACAGCCCCUCCCGCUACAGCUCCUCGUCGUACAAGAGCAGCAGCUUUUCAGAUAACAUCCUGUCAGAUCAAAUCUACUCCAAGUCUUCCACUAAGAGUGUUUAUCAGUCCCCUGACAGGCCUGUGCUCGAGAAGGACCUGUGCACCUCCUGCCGUAAGCCCUUCACUGGCGAUGCCAAGAUGGUCCUGGACGACAUCAAGCUCAACUGCCACGCUAGCUGCUUUAAAUGUGAAGUCUGCAGCAUGUCUCUGGGUAAUCUGAAAGCCGGGGACAGCAUUUGGAUCUACAAACGCAUGGUGCACUGCGAGACCUGCUUUGAGAACACCAGAGAUAAAUGGUGCCGCUGAACCUCCGUACCGAAGAAGUAGAUUACCGUGUUUGGAUUGUGUGGGUCAUACUAAGACAUCUUUGACUGGCUGCUUUGAAAAAUCACAGUUACAUCAUUUAAAUGACAUUUAAUGUGACAUUACAGCGCACACGUGACAAAAAUCUACUAAUAUAAUUGUAUUAGAAUGCUGCUGCCUCUACCUAUACUCUCUUUUAUGUGCCACUUCUUGGGGGACUCUUCUGAGUAACAUGACAGGAUAUUUUACAAUUUUACUGAGGGCCGGGGGCUUUUUCUUUGUGCAAUAAGGGCAAAUAAAACUUCUUUAUAAACAUUUAUUUCCUCAAAGGUCCCCCUUUUUCUGAUCUACGUUUACUGCUAAGUUAUUAUGUGGUAGUACAGAACCCCAAAAAUGUAAUGAAUUUUAAAGAAAGGGUUUUUCUUAGAUAAGAUUUAAAAUUACUUCACUGGAAACAGAACACAAUUAGUGUUGUUUUAAUGAAAUACAAUUUUGUUCAACUGGAUGCUGAAACCCCAAGAAAAAGGUCAGGCUAUUUAGUUUUAUUUGAGGGGAAUUUCAGAAUAUCCGUUUGCAUUGUUUCCAUGCAAGUGUGUCAUUUUCUUUUUAAACCAUGUAAUUGAGUUUAAAAAAAAGCAGAGAUAAUGCAUUUUUAAAUGUCCUUUCCUAUCUGUAAUGCAAUAAACAAUAUUUUUGUUUUUAUGAAUUGCAAUGGAAUAUAUUCAGUUUUGAAAGAAUAAACAGCAUUGUAUCAGCACUGUAUCUAUUUCUCAUUAAAAGAAAAGACUAAAGGGUA